UUUGAAUCCACCACUUAUUCAGACAAGUCCACAUACAUCUUUUAUAGUUGGUACAAGCUUACGAAGAGAACGGGGUAAAAGUAGCCGGAUGAGAGAAGAGAGCAAAGGUGGAAUCUCACCAAAAAAUCCAUGAAGUCUAUGGCGUAGAUAUCUUUGAGGAGGCCAUGAUAGAAGUCGAUGAGGAGAUGACCCCUCUCAAGAAAGAAGACAGGCUAGCCAGCUCCAAAAAAGAGAAUUUUGAGAAGAGGCUGAGGAAGCUUGAUGAGAAGGUCUAUUUCCUACGAGAAAAGGCGGCUAAGGUUGAGAAGGCAAUUGGCACCACCAAAGAAGACUCACAUGAUGCUUUUGUAAACUUGGAUGAAAAAGAGGAAAUCGAUUGCCAUUCCAUUUUUGUCGGAAAUGUUGAUUAUGUUUGCAGUCCUGAGGAGGUCCAACAACAUUUCCAGUCUUGUGGCACAAUAAACAGGGUAAAAAUUUUGGCUAACAGCUUAGGCCAGCCCAAGGGAUAUGCCUAUGUGGAGUUUGUUGAAGUAGAUGCUGCUCAGAAUGCUCUCUUGCUGAAUGAAACAGAGUUGCAUGGUCGUCCAUUGAGGGUGUUACCUAAAAGAAUUAACAUUCCAGGAAUGAAACAGAGCUGGGUUCCUUUUGGUUAUGGAGAGGAGUAGGUGCAUUGAUGCCGCAAAUUUGGGGUUCCAGAAAGAACGUCAAAGAAAGGUGACUUAGACUUCUCCUUCGACUGGUCUUAGGACUUUUUGACAAAAGCGCCAAAGCCGUCGAAAGGUAACUGAUGCAAAGAAGGAGCUGUUCUCUUUUCACGAAUCCAACUGACAUAGGGGCAAGAUCUUGACUAUUUAAGGUAUCCCAAUUCGAUUAGCUCUGAACUUUUGUGUGUGUGUGUUCAUCUUUAUGAUCUGCUAGACUUUAUGGAUAAGCUGGUGUGAACCUAAUUUUGAUACAAUCAUCCUUGUAAGAAAUCAAAACAUUUUUCUUAUAACUUCUAGUGAAUCCAAUAAAAUAACUAUUCUAAGGCAUCCAACAUUAUCCAUUUGUAAUGUUCAUAUAGAGUAUUUCAGUUGAAGCAAUAUGAAAAUCUUUGAAACUAUGUGAAUGAACUGGUUUCUCAUCAAGAACAUGGAGCACAAAAGAAGUUGUGAGGGAAGUAUUUUGCGAGUCUCCACAAAUCUCAGAUAUAAUGAUGCUAGGCUUAUGUGCACCCUGGAAUGGAAUAAGGUUGAUUAGAGAAAUUAUUUAUAAACAUAACUAAAGGAAGAAUCGGAUGGAGGAAAAAUGGACAGAUUUUUCGGUGGUCAGCAUAAUCGACAAGGUUAAUUCAACCCAAAGAUGAGAUAUAGAGUUUGCUUUGCAUAGUUCAAGCGGAUGGUGUUUCUUAUAGGCAUAGAGAUCUACAAUAAUGCCCAGUGAUUAUCUAAUAUAGAAGGACCGGAGAGGUCGGUUAGAUGAAAGAAACAAAGAUAACCUGCCAUAGUUAUGAAAUGUACCUCAAAGAGGCUUUGGAGACUUGCUAUGUCUUGACUUUUUUUAGAUGUAUCCAUACUAGAAGUGUAUGAGAUAUCUGUGGCAAUAAAAAAAAAAUUAAGAAGAUUUGGAGAGUCGAGAAGAUGUAGUUAGAUGCAGCUAAGCAGGAAGGCUAUGCCGUCAACAAGCAAGCAAACAAACAAUAGGGUAGAUAAAAGACC